AUGGCUCCUAUUACCAAGACUAUCAUCUACCUGGCGGCCAGCCUUUUGACAGCCAAAUCAUGCUUGGCAGCCCCGGCUGAAGAGGCAUACGGGACGGCCAUCAUCACGACCGCUGCUCCUACGUUCACGCAGCCAGCGCAUUGCUCCACGACAUUCGACGACUUCGAGCACACGACGGCGUGGGUUAGCGGCCAUAGCUGCUACACCUACACCAAGACGACGGUACCAGUGCCCCGUUUUCUUGCCGUUCAGGAGAAUCGCGCUGACCUUGAGGACCUCAGCGUCUUGCCCCUCGGCGUGUGCACCGGGCGUGACCUUGACCUGUCCCGCAAUCGCGUUCUACACCACCAUCCAGGUGCCGUGCUCAACGGACUGCUGUCCGACGACGUCGACGUCAUACGUCGAUGCGCCGUGCCCCACGUGCGGAUGUACUACGUUGACCGUGACGACCACACAGACGACCGGAUUCUGCCCGACUUUUACGACACCCGUUCCGAUACCUGUGCAAACUUAAGACAGCACGGUGUCACAUGCCGGAAGGAUGUUCUACGAGAGCGCGAGCUUAAACGUGUUGCGAGGCAGAGAUUGGUAGUUAGCAUUAGCCAAAAUUGCCUGGUUCACCUGUUAGAUGGACAGUGA